CUCUCUGUCGACUUCACAAUCUGAUCCCGGACUAAGGCUGCCGGACUGGUGCGUUACUUUGAGGAGGAACCUGAGGAGUCAAAACAGAAGAAACCUGCAAGAAUUGUCUGUAAAAAUUGUGGAGCGGAAGGCGACCAUAAAGCUUUCGAGUGCCCUGUCAUGAUUUGCCUGACAUGUGGCGCUCGCGAUGAACACUCUACGCGUAGUUGUCCUAUUAGCAAAACUUGCUUCACAUGCGGCAUGAAGGGACACAUAAAUAGGACCUGUCCAAACCGAUAUUCUGCAGCUGCAGCCACCGAUAAACACGAUGACUGUGACAGGUGUGGAUCAACAAAUCACAAAACAAAUGAAUGCCCUACACUAUGGCGCAUAUACCACUAUGUUAGUGAUGAUGAGAGACUGCUCAUUAUCCAGUCCCGGGCAGAAAAGCGAGGAUUCGCUCUGGGCCAAGGAGGCGAGGGUUACAUCGCCACGGAUGAAUGGUGUUAUAAUUGUGGAAAUUGCGGUCAUCUGGGUGAUGAUUGUGAUGAGGUUCCCCACAUCUACGAUAUACCCGUCGAAUCCUCAGCCUUUAGUCUUCACAACACGACCUCUGGGCCAUUUUUUGACCCAGCUGCGGAACCGAUACGUACCCACCGCGGGCCUCGGGAAUUACAAUCCGAGGCAGACAAGCCUCCCUUGAACGAAGACUGGGGCAUCGAUGCCCCACUCAAUGUAGGCAGAGAAGGAAAGAAGAAGGACAGAGCGAGGUUGGAAAAAAGGUACAGAGAACAGGACGAAGAAGACCCAGAUGACUGGUUUGGGAAAUCCAGAAUGGGGAGGGGUCGCGGGAAGCCGGUUGAGCAGCCUCCUCCUCGCAGUGGCGGGUUGAAGUUCAGUACUUCGAUGAAAGACGUCGGACGCCAGUUCAUGCCGGCACCUCCUGACCGAAACGAAAAACCACCGAGCUUAUUGGCUCGCCUUGGAGUGACCGAUAAUAGCAGUCGCAAGGGCCAGCGGCGUAAGUCAAACGAAUAUCGCGAUCCCAAUCCUGAUACAAUACACAUACGGGGCGCCGCCAAACAUUCUCGGGACCAAGACAAUGGAUCCAGCCGGAGCUAUCGUGAUCGGGAGCAGGAUAGACGAGUGCGAGACAGAAAAUACCCCAAACAGGAGCAGGGUCCUCGCUAUAGAGGUGGCUAUAAUAGAUAGCCCUUGGGUGCUUAUUUG